AAACAGUUGCAAACCACGAUGGGUAAUAUUAUUGUCCUUCUUGUGGGUGAGGAGCUCAUUAUUAUAAUACUCAGCGUGCUUUCAAGUGUUCCUUUUUUCACAUUUUUAUAAUUUAGCAGACACUUUUAUCAAACCAUAGUGCCUUCAAACUUCUGAUGCCAAUGCAGGGGGCCCCAAAAUUACAAACCCAUAUAUAGAAUUGUAUAGAAACAUAUUUGUAUUUUACAACAUUUUUACAAAUUACAGGUCUUUAAAGUAUCUGGUUAAAAAAUCAAUAGGAUUGCAGUUUAGGCCAGUAAACUACAAAUGACAAAAUACUAAAAAGUCAUUGAAAUAUGUAUUUCAAAGACACAACAGAAAUACUGUCCAUCUGUGUCUCCACAUUAUCUUCUGUAACAUGUUGAAGGGAAUGCCUGCUGUUGGAACACUACUCCACCCUAAAGCCACUCUCCAAUUAGGGACACAUCCUAGUUAAGCAGUACACCUUGCUGCAGUCAGCUCUCUAUGCCUGUUUGGUGAGCCACCAUGCAGCUGGUGGGUCUCCAACCCAGCCACUAUCUCAAAGACUACGGAACUCUUUUGAUGUAGUUUUGAAUGGUAUGGUGGCCAAAGACAUUUAAUUUAUAGUUUUGACUUAAACGGAUACUUCAGGAUUUUGGCAAUGAAGCCUUUAAUUUACUUCCCCAGUCAGAUUAACUCGUGGAUAACAUUUUUAUGUCUCUGUGUGCAGAUUAAUAACAUUUAAGCGGCUGUGACUAUAACAGAACGUGUGUUUCGUCGAAAAGCGCAAGGAAAACUGAUCACCAAAAAGUGGAAAAAAUAUCAAUGCGCCACUUGCAUGUAUUGUCUAUGGCACAGCAAAUUAGAUGGGGCCAAGAUUACAAGUCCUACAGCUUCCACACGAUGUCGCCAGUCUUAGCAAUUGCCUGGGAGUUGUUCCUUGGUCAAACGAAGAAGAGAGACCCCAUUCCAUCCGGUCUCCGACAGGAUGUUUUGGAAGAGAUAUUUCCGACCAUGAUUUGAAGACGUGGAGCUAUUGAAAUACACAUCGCCCCGUGAUCAAUUUGAUAGAUUAUUAACGUUUACUAAUACCUAAAGUUGGAUUACAAAAGUAUUUCGAAGUGUUUUGUGAAAGUUUAUCGUCGACUUUUUUAAUUAAAAAAAAUGACGUUGCGUUUUAAAACUGUGUUUUUUUCUGGAUCACACACUUUUCAUAGAUCGAUAUUUUGGGUAUAUAUGGACCGAUUUAGUCGGGAAAAAAAGACCCAAUAGUGAUGUUCAUGGGACAUAUAGGAGUGCCAACAAAGAAGCUCGUCAAAGGACAUUUACUGUUAAAAAUGGUCCUUUGCCUCCAAUGUCCUGGUGAUGCUCUAAAAACACCCUGCCUCCAAUGUCCUGGUGAUGCUCUGAAAACACCCUGCCUCCAAUGUCCUGGUGAUGCUCUGAAAACACCCUGCCUCCAAUAUCCUGGUGAUGCUCUAAAAACACCCUGCCUCCAAUGUCCUGGUGAUGCUCUGAAAACACCCUGCCUCCAAUAUCCUGGUGAUGCUCUGAAAACACCCUGCCUCCAAUGUCCUGCUGAUGCUCUGAAAACACCCUGCCUCCAAUGUCCUGCUGAUGCUCUGAAAACACCCUGCCUCCAAUGUCCUGGUGAUGCUCUGAAAACACUCUGCCUCCAAUGUCCUGGUGAUGCUCUGAAAACACCCUGCCUCCAAUGUCCUGGUGAUGCUCUGAAAACACCCUGCAGACAGAGUAUUCUACCACUACAAUUACAAAAUACACGUACAAAAUACCAUGAAAAUUAAUUUAUCAAAAUAAACUAGAAAAAUACUUGGAUUUUGUCAUGUAUUAUAUUACAAAAUGCUUUUGCAAGUAGCUGGCCCGAACAGGAACAACAUUCUUAGUAACUGUUACAAAACUAUUGUUCUUGCUUGUUGACAGUGCUACUGUAUGUUGUUAUCUACCUUAGUUGAGCAAGUCACUCUGGAGAAGAUAAAUGACUCAAAUGGAAAUGGAAAUGUGAAAAGUAACAUUCAAAAUUAACUGCAAAGCACACUGGGUAUUGUUAUGUUUUGGGGCAGAGCUCAUUAGAAUAAUACUCAGCAGUGCUUUGCAAUUGUUAAUUUUUACAUUUAUGUUUUAGUCAUUUAGCAGACGCUCUUAUCCAAAGAGACUUAGAUCAUUGAUCUUAAGACAGUUAGGUGAGACAACAUAUCACUAUCGUAUCAAGUACAUUUUCCCUCAACAAAGUAUUUAUCAAUAUUUUUUAUAUUUAUUUCAUUUAACAAACACUCUUAUCACACCAUAGUGCUAUCAUUACUUCUGAUACCAUUGCAGGGAGAAAGGGAUUUAACGGUUCAGAAGAUGUCAACCGUUAAAAAACAUAGUAUAGUUAUUUGAAAAUACAAAAUGCGUUGGAGCCCAGUGUAAUUCAACUGACAAAAUACUCAAAAGUAAUUCAAAAUACAUAUUUCAAAUACAUAAAUACCCAAUACUCUAUCACACUUCCUUAUCAAAGAAACUACACAGUCAAGUAGGAAGCCACUCCCUCUCCUCUGGUGUAGAGCUCAAUGAAACAGAAAGUCAUAUUUCACACUACUGCCAUUGUUUAACCUACGGGAGAGAGCACCAAAAUGGCAGAGAAUCAGGAACUGUUCUGUUGCUCCAUCUGUCUGGAUCUACUGAAGGAUCCGGUGACUACUGCUUGUGGACACAGUUACUGUAUGGGCUGUAUUAAAGAAAGCUGGGAUCAGGAUGUUCUGAAAGGGGUCUACAGAUGUCCCCAGUGCAGACAGACCUUCACCCCAAGACCCGUUCUGAAGAGAAACAUUGUGCUGGCUGAAGUGGUGGAGAAACUGAGGAAGACAGGACUCCAGGCUGCUCCCCCUCCUGCUCUGUGCUAUGCUGAACCUGGAGAUGUGGCGUGUGAUUUCUGCACUGGGACCAGAAAGCAGAAAGCCCUCAUGUCCUGUCUGGCGUGUCUGGCCUCAUACUGUGAGACUCACCUCCAACUUCACUAUGAAUCUCCUGCUUUGAAGAAGCACAAGCUGGUCAAAGCCACCGCACAACUACAGGAGAAGAUCUGCUCUCAUCAUGACAAACUGCUGGAGGUUUUCUGUCGUACCGAUCAGCAGUGUAUCUGUUAUCAGUGUGUGAUGGAUGAACAUAAAGGCCAUGAUACAGUGUCAGCUUCAGCAGAGAGGACUGAGAAACAGAGGCAGCUGGAGAUGAGUCAGCAGAAGGUCCAGCAGAGAUUCCAGGAGAGAGAGAAGGAGCUGAAGGAGCUCAGACAGGCUGUGGAGUCUCUCAAGCGCUCUGCACAAGCAGCAGUGGAGGACAGUGAUCAGAUCUUUACUGAGCUGAUCCGCUCCAUUGAGAGAAGGAGCUCUGAGGUGAAGGAGCUGAUCAGAGCCCAAGAGAAGGCUCAGGUGAGUCAAGCUGAAGGACUCCUGGAGCAACUGAAGCAGGAGAUAGCUGACCUGAGGAAGAGAAGCACUGAGCUGGAGCAGCUCUCACACACAGAGGAUCACAUCCAUUUCCUCCAGAGUUAUCAGUCUCUCUCCAGCAUCAGUGUAUCUUCAGACUUACCCAGCAUCGUUGUCCGUCCUCUUCAGUACUUUAGAGAUGUGAGUAAGACUGUGUCUGAACUGAGAGAGAAAGUAGAAGACUUCCUUAAAGGAGAAUGGACCAAGAUCUCCACUACAGUGAAUAUAGUGGAUGUUGUACUGCCUCCAGAGCCCAAGACCAGAGAGCAGUUCUUACAAUAUUCCUGUCAGCUCACACUGGACCCAAACACAGCACACACACGCCUCUCUCUGUCUAAAGGGAACAGAAAGGUGACCUAUACAGGCCAAGUCCAACCAUAUCCUGAUCAUCCAGACAGAUUCACAAAUGACUUGAUGGUGCUGUGUGGAGAGGGUCUGUCUGGACGCUGUUACUGGGAGGUGGAGUGGAGUGGGCUGUGUGUUAUUACAGCAGUCUCAUAUAAAGACAUCAGCAGAACAAGGAGAAGUAAUACAUUUGGACUCAAUGACAAGUCCUGGAGUUUACACUACUACAGUGAUGGUUAUUGGUUCAGACACAAUAGUGUUAGGACGAAAGUACCAGGCGUUCAGUCCUCCAGAGUAGGAGUGUACCUGGAUCACAAGGCAGGUACUCUGUCCUUCUACAGUGUCUCUGACACAAUGACCCUCCUCCACAGAGUCCAGACCACAUUCACUCAACUCCUCUAUCCUGGGUUUUCUAUCGAUUGUAUUUUCUCUGGUACUGCUGAGCUGGUUAAACUGUAGUAAGGGCCCAUUUACUAAAUUAAUUAAAAUUAUUCAAAUGCAAAGUUUUCAUCUUGUACAUCAAAAUUCUGUCCUGUGUUUUGUCUCUAUGGUACUUCUGAGCUGGUUAAACUGUAGUAGGGUCCACAUAGAUACUAGUCAUGCUGGUAUAGUCUAUAGCUGAGCUGGUUAAACUGUAGUAGGGUCCACAUAGAUACUAGUCAUGCUGGUGUAAUCUAUAGCUGAGCUGGUUAAACUGUAGUAGGGUCCACAUAGAUACUAGUCAUGCUGGUAUAGUCUAUAGCUGAGCUGGUUAAACUGUAGUAGGGUCCACAUAGAUACUAGUCAUGCUGGUGUAAUCUAUAGCUGAGCUGGUUAAACUGUAGUAGGGUCCACAUAGAUACUAGUCAUGCUGGUGUAGUCUAUAGCUGAGCUGGUUAAACUGUAGUAGGGUCCACAUAGAUACUAGUCAUGCUGGUGUAGUCUAUGGCUGAGCUGGUUAAACUGUAGUAGGGUCCACAUAGAUACUAGUCAUGCUGGUGUAUUCUAUAGCUGAGCUGGUUAAACUGUAGUAGGGUCCACAUAGAUACUAGUCAUGCUGGUGUAGUCUAUAGCUGAGCUGGUUAAACUGUAGUAGGGUCCACAUAGAUACUAGUCAUGCUGGUGUAGUCUAUAGCUGAGCUGGUUAAACUGUAGUAGGGUCCACAUAGAUACUAGUCAUGCUGGUGUAGUCUAUAGCUGAGCUGGUUAAACUGUAGUAGGGUCCACAUAGAUACUAGUCGUGCUGGUGUAGUCUAUAGCUGAGCUGGUUAAACUGUAGUAGGGUCCACAUAGAUACUAGUCGUGCUGGUGUAGUCUAUAGCUGAGCUGGUUAAACUGUAGUAGGGUCCACAUAGGUACUAGUCAUGCUGGUGGUGAUGGUCCCCAGAUGUGAUGAUCCAUUCUGCUCUGUUUUUCUUUACAACAUAUACAUUUUUGACUGAUUUGAUCUUCAGAGAUUUCAUGCAUUAAAAUACAAUGUUUAAAUCUUGAA